AGUGAUCGAUUGAAGAGAACACAUGCGCACAUGUUCCCGCGCAACAGUUUUACAUUUUUCGACGAGGAAACUCACGUUUGGCGUGGCCGUGACUUACCACCGUUGUAUAACUCUGACCAAGGUGUUGGAGAACUGCUUUGGUCGGUGCUACAGCGUGCACCGGGGAAAGUUGCCCAAAUAAGCGCCGAUAGUGGCGUUCGCGUAACGUACAAUGACAUGUGGCUGCGUAGCAUUCGGGUGGCCCAGAACCUGACCGCAAUGGGAUUCGAGCCGGGGAAUUUGAUUGCUAUUGUAGCGAGGAAUAACGAGAAGGUUGCCGCGGUGGCUUUUGGAUGCUUCAUGUUGGGAAUGCCUAUCAACUUUUUGGAUCCAAACUUCCACAGCGAAGAUUUUGCACAUAUGUUCGGGACCGUCAAACCAACGCUUGUAAUUUGCGAGGGAGAUUUGGUGGAGGAAAUGUUGUCUGCCGUAGAAAGUGCCGAAGUUUCUCCCUCGAUAGUCGUGUUUGGAACCCACGUCGACGGAUAUUCUACAGUGGAUGAAUUGUUGGCUGAAACGGGAGCGGAGAAGAGCUAUCUGCCAACGCGAAUUGAGGAUCCCAAAAAUACUCUCGCAAUAAUACUUUGUUCAUCGGGUACUACUGGGAAAUCGAAAGGAGUAUGCCUAUCGCACGCGCUGUGUAUCGCAAACAUGACCAAUAUCUUGUCUUGUGUAGAAUCGGAUCGUGUACUUUGCCUCAGUUCAUUGUAUUGGAUCUCCGGAAUUGGCACGCUGCUGACCGCAACUGCUGCGGGUUCAACUCGCAUCAUCACAACACAACGGUUUGACGCGGGCAUGAUGAUCGAUCUGAUUGAGCAGUUUCGCGUGACCAUAAUAUUUUUUCCACCGUCCCAUGCGCUGGCCAUUCUUAAUGAGCCCUCCGUUGGAAUGGCAGAUUUUUCCAGCUUACGGAAAGUGUACUGUGGUGGCGGACCAACGUCCGGCGAUUUGAAGCGAUCGUUCGACAUGUACUUACCGAAAGGGAAACUCAUCGUGGUGUAUGGAUUGUCCGAGCUGGGCGGAGCGGGUGCUACCAGCGAAGAGGCGUACAAAGACGGUUGCAUUGGGGUUCUGUCGAAUGGUGUCGAGGCUAAGGUUGUGGAUGACGAAGGAAAUGUGGUUCAAUUCGAACAGGAUGGAGAGUUGCUCAUAAGAAAAAAAUUCAGAUUCAUGGAGUACUAUGGUAAUCCGGGAGCAACCGCCGAAAUGCUCGAUGGCGAGGGGUGGCUACACACUGGGGACAUCGCUCGCGUUGAUGAGGAUGGUUUGUUCUAUAUUGUUGAUCGCAAGAAGGAUAUCAUCAAAUACGCUGGCUAUCAGAUAUCCCCAUCCGAGAUCGAGAAUGUCAUUUUGAAAAUUCCUGGAGUACUCGCUGUUUGUGUUACCGGAAUUCCUGUGCCGGGGAAUGAUCUACCAGUGGCGCUGGUAAUCAAAGCGGCUGACUCCGAGCUUACGGAAGAUGUAAUUGUGGAUGCGGUAGCCGACUCAAUGGUGGACUUCAAACGACUCAGGGGUGGAGUUUAUUUCAUUGAUGGGUUCCCAAUGACUCCGUCUGAUAUACUCACUUUGUUAUUUAUGUUUGAAUACGGAGAUUAUCGAGGUCACAAAACAGGGAUUCACAAAAGCGAUGUCCACUUCCUCCAAGAGUUCGGAGGCACUGGAAAGGAUAUCGCAGGAGAGCUGAAGGUUUUCCCUUCUCCUACCAAUCAAUUACAUAGUCGCGACACCAGGUUCUGGAAGAAGAUUCUUCGGUGGUUGACGAUCAGCGAGAAGAGAAUGUCCAAGUCGCUGUUCUUUCUUUCGUGCGUUGAACGAGUAGAUAUACAGUACGAAGUACCUGUCGGAAGCAGCCGUUUUCAUUAAGAAGUAUCCCAUGAAUGAUGAUGUGGCCUUUGGCUGUAUCUGGCCACGAACGGAAAGCACAUAGAGAAUACCAAAAAUACAUCACGAAUAGAUAAUGAAGUAGAAGAGACGACCAUUUUUGCCAGAUGAAAACAACCAUCACCUUCACUCUCAUUCUUAUUUACGAACGAGUAGAAAACGUUCGAAAGUAUGUCCCAUUUGUAUUCUUGUUUUCGUACGAAUCAAAUCGAUCCAUUCGAUCUUUCGAAAAUUUAACAAUUCGAACGAAACGUCUAUUCUAGUUUUCGUACGAAUGUGUUUUUUC